UACUCAUUUCCCUAUUCCCUAUUUACAGAGUAGUUCCUUACUUCCAAUAAUUAUCUUAAAUCUCUUAAUCAUCCUCUAAGGAAAGCAUUAUGGGCACAAAGCUCCAGCGCUCCCGCACCUCCCGAGCCUCAACCCGCUGUGACACACAGCAAGGCGCGAUACAGAGAUUUGGAAAGUCGAGAAAGGCAGGGACAGGUGCAGGGCUAUCGGAUGCCAAAGAUGUCGUUUCCUCGAAGAAACGUAAAAUAGGCGACAACCAGGUCGAGAUUAGCAGCAGGAAUGAGCACGAGAACUCACUUGACGACGAACCCAUUGCAAGAGCGCCUAAAGUAGCAAGGCUGAGGAAGUCCUCUACCUUAUUGUCUACAUCCCAUUCUUCCUCUUCGUCAUGUAUUACGACAGAGUCGACAUCUCCCUCAACGCCAACGAGGCGUUUUCGAUCCCCCAGCCCAUCUCCAUCCACAACCGAUGACCGCAGAUUUCAGCAAUCAACCCUAUCCAAUACCAGCAUCAAUCCUGAUGAAAUAUUAGAUAAUGAUGAUGACGACUGGCCCCAAUCCUUCUACGAUCUUACAAACCUACAUUCUUCCUUUCUUUCCGCUUUAUCGCUACACUAUGCUCAUAAUGGCCGAAACACAUCUGCGGACCUCAACCAACUACUACCUUGCAUAGAGAAGAUAUGGAAAAAGCGCAAGGUCGAGAGGAAAGACAUUCAAAGACUGCUGUAUAUAUUAGAAAGCGACCUGGAAAUAUCAGACAGAGAGAAAGGCUCAAACACUGGUCCGCGCUUCAGAAUCGCCAAAUAUGGUGUUGGAAAGUUCUGUUUGGAGUUACUAAACACAAAUACCCCAAAUAACAGAUUCGUGACCCCAUUUAACGAAGCUGAGCUAAAUGAUCUAUUCACUCGCAAUCUGGGACGCAUCUGGCGGAAGAACCUAAAGGAUUCUGAUCAGAAAGAAUUAAACGUCGAUUUCCUACACACCAUCCCACUGGCUCCCAUCCACGAUUCAUCCACUAUCUUUAACUCGCUAAGCAUUGGACAACAACGUCUUCUCGAUUUCCAAAGAGGAGUAUUGGGGGUGAAAGCAGCGGUCGAUAAUCCCGAAAGUCGCAAAUGUGGUGAAAGAGCAGCAUCAUACGCAAGAAGCUCGUGUGGUGCAGGUACCGCAGGACGACGGAACGGGCUCCUUCAAAGAAUCCAGAACAAACAACUCAAGCAAACGACGCUGGCUCCCCCGCUGUCAAAGGAAGCCAUACUACGCCGCUCAGCCGUCGAUUUGGUUGAAGAAGUUGUUGGCGUAUUGAUUUUACUGAGGCCGUCAUGUUCGAUUUCGUCUUCUUUAUUGAGUGGGGGACGUGGGUCUUUAUCUUCCGCCGUGACCGUCACACCAUCACAUAAAAAGCCAUAUAGUUGGAACACCAUCAUUCAAAAUAUUCGGGACUCCUUGAGAUGCCCGAUAUCAAACCAGGAGGUGGAGGCGUGUUUGGAUCUCCUCGUACGGCCAUCGGUUGCCGGGGAGUGGAUCAGUAUUGUUACCGUUAAUAGAAUCAAGUCUGUCGUGUUGAGGUCUGGGUGUGAUAUUUCACCACAGGAGAUCGGGGUGAGAGUGGCGCAUUUGAAAAUUUGAUUUCUCAUGAGUUUUCUUCUUUGUUUUCUUUGACAUUUUUGGCGUGGCGUUUUGGGUACGACGUUCAUGGCAUUUUGCAUUUUCGCAUAUAAACGGCGUUUGGAUGAUUUGAUCAUGGCGCACGCAUUCAGUCGGUGGCUGUUGACGCGUGCGCAUACCUGUGCG